AUGACAGUUGAAGUGGCAUCUGCACUGCUUUACUCACAAUCCAGUGGCAAACCACGAGCUCAAACUCUUUAUGCUUUAAAGGGGGAAGAGUUAUUUGAAGAGUUUGGAGGAGAAUAUGCUCAAGAACAGAUAACAUCAGGGAAAUUGUAG